AUGGCUUCUCACAACAAGACUAGCUGGUCGCCUGGAUACUAUGCUCACCUACACCAGCAGUACGAUGAUCGCCAGCUGUUUGAACAUCUGCAGGGACAAACGCACUUGAUCCUCCAGUUCUCCGAUCAGCUACAAGCCUACCCACACAUAAUCAGCACCGUAUCGCAGCGGAUAAGCGAGAAGAACCUAAUCAUCAACAAUCUCCAACAUAACUUCAACAAGGAACGUGAAGUAUUAUUAGGCGAGAUUGAGAAAUAUAAAUGGAAACUCGUCGUUGAGAAGCAGAAGGCGAAGUCAAAAGCAUGCAAGUGUGAGACUAGUAAUAGCGAGCAAGCAGAACAGCAAUGUAAAGAUAGCGGAGCGGAGAUGACCAAGCCUAUAGCAGAGCCGGAGCAGAUUGAGGAACGGACAUCAAAGUCGCCCAAGGCGGAGCGUCAUAAAGUACAGCACCGAACCUUACUGCCAAAGCCUCCUCACGGAGAUUCAAUCGAGGUGCUUGCGCCGCAAGACAACGAGAGGGCUGCCUCUCCAAACUCGCAGGCAGUAGAAACAGAGAGCUGGCAAUCUGCCCGCGAGACUAUGUCUCCCGUUAUUAAGUUUAUGUCGCCGCAGGAACCAACACAGACACAGGGGACGCCAUUAGAAAGUAAAAGUUCUUUAAACGCCCCAGCGCUCCAGUUACACCUGCCACGCUAA